UAUUCCACAAACAUCCAACAAUGAAGUUCGUCAUCAUCUCAGCCGCUUUGGCAGUUGUGGCCUUUGCCGCGCCCCAGUACGGAAGAGGCGGCGGAGACUCGAGCGAGGAGAUCCCCAUCCUGAGGGACGAUCGCGACCGCGAUGACUUCGGGAGGUACAGCGUCAACGUCGAAACCGCCAACGGCAUCGACUGGCCGAUGCUGGAACCCCCGACGGACCCAAGGGCACUGUGUGUCCUCUGGAUUCUUCUCUUACACAUCACCCGAGGGCGUUCCAGUCGAAGUGAAAUACGUCGCCAACGAGAACGGAUUCCAGCCCCAGUCUGACCUGCUUCCAGUGGCUCCCGAAUUCCCCCGCCACCCAAUCCCCCAGUUCGUCC